ACCAUAUGCACCAAGUUCAGUAUCCACUUUCGCAUCUUCAACGUGGCAAUUUCUGUGCCAGCAACUCCAACACUGAACCACAUGCCACAAAUCAAUGAAUCAUUGAUAAAUCUACGAGUUACGACCCACAUGCACAACCACGUAACUUAAAAGCUCAAAGGCUUUUGUUUGAGAGUUAAAGCAGAGGCAAUGGGCGACGAGGGUGAGAAAUUGAUUAAUGGAAAAGAAGUAGAGGGGAUAGUGAAGGUGGAACCCAAACCAAGCAAAGGGUUGGCAUCUAAAGUGGUAGACUUGUUGGAGAAGAUUGUGGUCAAGUUGUUCCAUGACCCUUCACUUCCACAACAAUAUCUCAACGGCAAUUUUGGUCCUGUGCUUCUUGAGACCCCUCCCACUAACAACCUCCCUGUUACAGGAUACCUCCCGGAUUGCUUGAAUGGAGAAUUUGUCAGAGUUGGACCUAAUCCAAAGUUUGCUCCUGUGGCUGGAUAUCACUGGUUUGACGGAGACGGUAUGAUUCAUGGUUUGCGCAUCAAAGACGGAAAAGCUACAUAUGUUUCCCGUUUCGUCAGAACUUCUCGUCUGAAACAAGAAGAAUACUUUGGUGGUGCCAAAUUUAUGAAGAUUGGAGAUCUCAAGGGCCUGCUUGGACUGUUAAUGGUCAACAUACAAAUGUUGAGAUAUAAAUUGAAAGUAUUGGAUGAUUCUUAUGGGCAUGGAACUGCUAACACAGCUCUCAUAUAUCACCAUGGGAAUCUUCUAGCACUCCAUGAAGGAGAUAAACCCUAUGCUAUUAAAGUUUUUGAGGAUGGAGAUCUGCAGACUCUCGGCUUGAUGGACUACGACAAGAGAUUGGACCAUUCCUUCACUGCACAUCCCAAAGUUGACCCAUUUACUGGAGAGAUGUUUACAUUUGGCUAUUCGCAAACUCCACCAUAUGUCACUUACAGAGUGAUUUCAAAGGAUGGUUUUAUGCAUGAUGCUGUACCUAUAACGAUAUCAGAACCCGUCAUGAUGCAUGAUUUUGCCAUCACAGAAAAUUAUGCAAUAUUUAUGGAUCUUCCUCUGUAUUUUAGGCCAAAGGACAUGGUGAAGGAAAAAAAAUUGAUAUUCCAAUAUGAUUCAACAAAGAAAGCACGGUUUGGUGUCUUGCCUCGUUAUGCAAAGGAUGAGCAGCAAAUUAGAUGGUUUGAGCUUCCAAAUUGCUUCAUAUUCCACAAUGCAAAUGCUUGGGAAGAGGAAGAUGAAGUUGUUUUGAUCACAUGCCGCCUUGAAGAUGUAGAUUUGGACGAGGGCGGUGGUGCUGUCAAGGAAACAAUUGGAAGUUUAACCAAUCAGCUGUAUGAAAUGAGAUUCAACAUGAAAAGUGGUCAAGCUUCCCAGAAGAAACUAUCAGAACCUAGUGUAGAUUUUCCCAGGGUCAAUGAAAGCUACACUGGCAGGAAGCAGCGUUAUGUAUAUGGGACCAUAUUAAGCAGCAUGGCAAAAAUUACAGGAAUUGUUAAAUUUGAUUUACAUUCUGAACCUGAGUCAGGAAAAACAAAGCUUGAAGUUGGAGGAAAUGUUGAGGGUAUCUAUGCCUUAGGGCCAGGGAGAUUCGGUUCGGAGGCUAUCUUUGUUCCUCGAGUGCUUGGUACUCCUUGUGAAGAAGAUGAUGGAUACUUGAUCUUCUAUGUGCAUGAUGAGAAUACUAAAAACUCAUAUGCACAUGUCAUCGAUGCGAAAACAAUGUCAUCAGAUCCCGUUGCGAUUGUUGAGUUGCCAGCGAGAGUUCCAUAUGGUUUUCAUGCUUUCUUUGUUACUGAGGAGCAACUUCAAGAACAGGGGAAACUCUGAUUGUUCUGCCAUCUUCGGUUUCUAUACCCAUCGUUCUUAAUAUGCUCACCCAUUUUUACUAUGCUUGCAUAUAUUAUAUCCUCUAUCAAUAAUAUCACGCAGACUUGUGUGUUUUAAA